AUUUGUCCCCGGCCCUAGAAAUAUCGCUCGUCCGUCUACACACUCUCCGUUUCGCACACGCCAUAGUAUGUGUCCGUCAGGCUCGAUUCCGCGGGCGUAGGCGUAAGGCUGUCUGAUCCGGCCGCGGCGGGCGCGCCGGCUAUACUAGGACGUCAUAAUGACACAGAUCAGCAGGAUGUCGGGGGUCCGUUGUCUAUUGGUAUCGACAAUCAGCACUUCUAUUGUGGGGACGGCGCACUUGAUUCUCUUCAGCGCCCAACAGACUGCAGCCGCGUCUGUCCGGCGUAAAGCCACCUCUUCGCUCCUGCACCGGCAGUUUCAACGGCAUGAAAAGCGUAGAAAAGUGCGACAAACCGCGGCAGCCUCGACGCCGUUCCCCUUUUACCACACCACGCAAGAGAUCCACACGCAGCUGCUCGCGUUACAGAGCCGAUGCCACGGGUGGAUCACCGUCGCGACGAAGGGCAGCGACCCGCAAAUCGACGUGGUCUCGAUCCGGAAGACUGACAGCAGCCCGCCCAACCGGUUCUUUCUGCUUUUCGGCGAGCACGCGCGCGAGCUGAUCUCCCCCGAGAGCGGCCUGCACUUUCUGCAGACGCUGUGCGGGGAGUCUGACCUGGCGAAAACCGACGGAGCGCGGUACGGAACCGAGCGCAUGGCGGAGUUGCUGGACACGACGGAGUUCCAACUCGUGGUGAACGGCAACCCGGACAGCCGGCAGAGAGUGGAGAACGGGGAGUACUGUUUGCGGGUGAACACCAAGAACGGGGUCGACCUAAACCGGAAUUGGGACGACCGGUGGGAGCCGGCGGAGGACGAGAUGAGCCCGGACACGAACCCCGGGCCGAAGCCCUUUUCCGAGAACGAAACGCAGAUCUUCAAAACCGCCGUGGCGGACUUCAAGCCCACCGGGUUUUUGACGAUCCACUCCGGGACCCGGGGGAUGUACUCGCCCUGGGCCUACGACAUGCGGCACGAGGCGGUGCGCAACGGCCCGGCGAUGCUGAACAUGCUGCAGCAGCUGGACGCCAACUACUGCAAGUGCCCCUUCGGCGCCGCGGGCAAGGAGGUGGGGUACAGUUGCCCGGGCACGUGCCUCGACUACGUGUACGACAAGCUCGGGGUGGACUACGCGUUUGCCUUCGAGAUCUACGGGAACCCCGCGGAGAACUUCGAGUUGGAGCAGCGGUUCGACGAAAUCGUGGACGAACGGAAACUGAGCAGCGAGAAUGCUCUGACCUCGUCGAUUUCGGCGGUCGGGAAAGACGAGAAGAAACCGAACUACUUACAGCUGUUGCAGGAGUUUGGGGCAUCAACUUCUAAGAAGAGACACGACACUUCUGCUGCGGCGUCCCUUCUGCACCAGCACCAGCACCGCCACCACCGCGCGUCAUUUAGUACGUCCGCGAAGAAGUGGCGCGAAGAGGGCUGUCUGGCCCAGUUCAAUCCCACGACCGAGUCGGACUUCAAGGACACCGUCGAGAACUGGACCCAGGUCUACGUGAAUUUAGCCAAGCUGGUUGCGGCGGACGCGGAAAAGCGGGCGGGCGUGACGGCGGACGUGAGCUUAGUGCGUGGUCGUGGGGAAAAGGAAAGAGCGUUCGAGAAGUCUGACUUUCCCGUGUGGAAGCCGUAAACGAAGUUGAUUUUUUUCCUUGACAAAAGAUUGAUGAUUCCUGUUUUUUUCCCGUUGGUUGAAAUUGGAAAAAGAAACAGUGACGGAAGCUGGAGAUGCCUGCUUCUCUAGUAUGAAUGACCGACCUGGCUGCCUUCGCGCACUGUUUCGAGAAU